AUGUCGGACAGUUCAGAUCAGCUGUCAUCACCGAACAGCGACUGCAACAGUCAAAUAGGCGUCGUGCAUCGCAAUGCAACCACGCAAUACAGCAACACAUCGUCAAUGUCCGGUCUCGGGUUAACUCAUCAUUCCCAAAAUUUAACGCCGACAUCGAAUGGCAGUCCUCAGUAUUCGCAGGAGAUUUCCACCUGCAACUCUGCCAGCGUACUAAAUAUUAACGCACUAAAUACUAACAUCAAAAAUAUCAGCAGUCUUCCCAUAAGCAGCAGUAAUUUCACACCUGAACAGAUAUCUUGCAUGUGCGAGGCACUGUCGCAAAGCCAAGACAUUGAGAAACUAUCCAGCUUUCUUUGGUCCUUACCGCCUGGAGAACUGUUGCGCGGAGGCGAGAGUGUGCUAAUGGCGCGUGCCGCUGUUGCCUUUCACCGCGGAGCCUAUCACGAGCUUUACUCAAUCCUGGAGAGCCACCCUUUCUCGCCGCGUCGACAUCCCGAACUCCAACAGAUGUGGUUUAAGUCGCAUUAUCGCGAAGCUGAGAAAGUUCGCGGUCGACCAUUGGGUGCCGUGGACAAGUAUCGGCUGCGCAAGAAGUAUCCACUACCAAAGACGAUCUGGGACGGCGAGGAGACCGUGUAUUGCUUCAAAGAGCGAUCGAGGAACGCUUUGAAAGAGUGUUAUAUGAGGAACCGAUAUCCUACGCCGGACGAGAAGAAGAACCUUGCGAAGAAAACUGGCCUGACGCUGACUCAGGUGUCCAAUUGGUUCAAGAAUCGUCGACAGCGUGAUCGUACGCCACAAACGAGAACAGAUAUGCUACCACUAAAUUGUCAAGGCACAACUAACACUACAAUUAGCAACUCAGUGAGUAACGGCGGUAGCAUCCAAUCUUUGCAGAGUAUCGAUUCCGAUAGUCCGAGUCUCGCAAUGUCACCUCUAUCAACUAUGGGCAUGUCACCAGUCAUGAAUCCAUGCAGCCCAAUGGGUAUGAGUCCCAUGGGUCCUCAUCAUGGCUAUGCCACUCCUGUUACCCCAUCGUCCGUUCAUACCUCACAUUCCCAUAAUGGCGGAUUGAGUCCUAUGAACGAUGUUAAAGCUUUGUAUGGACGUAGUGUGUACGACACAGGUAAAGACGUAGAGCAGAGCUCAGUUUACUACUCCAGCCAUUCCAGUAUGCACCACCAGUAUUACCAGCAGACUCAUCAUCAGAUGAUGUCUAGCUCCCAUCAUCAUCAUCAUCAUCAGCAGAGCGUGCCGGCCGGCUACGAGAUUAUGCUGCCGCCGCCUUCCAUGUGA